CCUAUAUCGUAAAAACGUCAACCCAAGCGCUCACUACGACAGCAAACUUUGGUUCUACUAUAUCCGGAGCUAGUAUUCCAAAGUAUGGAGUAUGCACAAAAGGAAUAACUGCAAUGGUCUUAUCUCCGGCAGAUCUUCAAACUCUUUUUGCACCUAAUGUAACCAGCUAUAACGUAACUCUACCAGAGAUGUCAUGUCGGGACUACUGCGUACAAGUCUGUGAUCAUACCAAUCCGAAGCCUCCACCUCCAGCGGGUACUUGGUGUCUUCUUGUGAGCAAUGACGAUAAAGUAAACGGCAUAUAUGUUAGUAUUAAUAUGAAUUUUGCGGAUCCAACCACAACAACAUCGACGACGCCAAUUGCAACUUCAAGCAGUACUUCCAGUACAACCACUCCUAGCGCUAUGACUACGGUUGUGACGAUCACGUCUUCAGCAGUUAGAAAGAUUGAAUGGAACGCACCCACGGCUCCGCCGCCAGCACCUCCAUCAAGUACAACUCAACCGACUACUUCUGGUUCUCCUUUAACCACUGUAGUUGUCACAAAGUCUUCAGCGGAUAUAAACAAAGAGUGGAACAGUGGUCCACUUUUUUUCUUUGCGAUUUUAUUAAAACCAAAAACUGCUCGAUCUGCUCGAGCAUUGAAGAAAAGAGAACCAAAGGUGCAAGAGAACACCAAAACGGCAAUAUUCAUUCGGGGAAGUCAAACAAGUCAAAUAGUAAAUGCUGCUCUAGCUGACCUUUGCGCAUUAAAGAAGCCAAAUGCGAUGAUGUUUAGUAAGAAAAAUGAUAUACAUCCAUUUGAUGACGAAACACCGCUACAGUUUUUCUGCCAGAAGAAUGACGCUUCACUGUUUGUUAUUGGAAUGCAUUCGAAAAAGAGACCACAUAAUCUUGUAUUUGUUAGAAUGUUUGAUGGGCAAGUGCUGGAUAUGGUUGAAAUUGGAAUCGAAAAGUCCGUAUCGUUGAAAGAUAUCAAAACAUCAAAAUGUCAAGUCGGAGUGAGACCGUUAUUUCUCUUUAACGGAGAGAUCUUUGACAACUCUAUAAACCACAAAAUGUUGAAGAACAUGCUUCUCGAUUUCUUCCGUGGCCAGUCAACCGAUUCUAUAAGUCCCACCGGACUUGAACAUGUCAUAUCGGUCAGUGCUGAUUCGAGCGGAAAGGUAUAUUUUAGAGUUUAUAUUGUAAAGCUGAACAAGUCGGGACAACGGACGCCACGCGUGGAACUAGAAGAUAUGGGUCCGUCGUUUGAUUUUGUCAUCAGAAGGACAAAGUUUGCUAAAGAAGAAGUGUACAAAAAGGCGACUCGAAUACCGAAACAGUUAAAACCCAAGAAAGUUAAGAACGUCGAUGUUAAUGAUAUGGGUGAUAAAAUAGCCAAGAUUCAUCUUGGAAAGCAAAACUUUGACAGCAUCCAAACUCGAAAAGUAAAGGCGUUGAAAAAGAGAGACAUUGACACAGCGACGGAGGGUGAAUCAAAAGAGGAGAAAGAGAAAAUGCGUAAAAAAGUAAGAAUUGUUGGAUAA